CGACCUAUUGAAUAUUGUCCAUUGGCGAAUAAAAUUGACUGCUUAUCGAUGAAAUGGGAAAGCUCUAAAAGUAGUCCAGACUGAUAGAAAGAUAUACUUCCCUACAAAUCAACAAAUAACAUUGUAGAGGAUGACAACUACUAGGUGUGAUUUUUAGAAUUUGUCGGGUCUUAUUUCGUGGCUGCAAGAAUAGACAAUACUUCUCCAACAAGCUAUACUUCGAGUUCUGACCCUUGUCGAUUUGAAGCGCGCAUUGAUAUGUAAGGCGAACCAAUCUUGCUUCGGGUUUCGCAUUCACCAUGAAAGAUGCUGUCGCGUUUGAUAUCUUGUUAACUUUGUGCGAUCGAUUUUAAAAACGAUGCAUCAUCAAUGCAGGCCUUCAGACAGGUACGCCUGUAUGAGUUCCCGUUAUUGCCAUCAAGAACCGGAUAAGCGGGUGUCAAGCCGUCAUUACCAUACAUCUUCAGCGAAUUUUUAGAUUUCUAGUAUUCAGUGUGCCGCAUGAAACAAGACCCGAAGAAUGUACCGCAGAAUAACGUGUGGACCCCGUGCCAAUCGACAGCAUUUUACGGCCAACAUUACAGCAUAUAUAGCAUGUCCAAAGGUUUCAUAAAUAUCGAGUCGCACGCAAUUGAGGCAGUGUACGAACGCAUCUUCGCAACUUAAGAAAGCAGCAGGAGCGCUCAGUUUCUCAGAGUGGUGUACGCUGUUUGACGAUACACCAAUUCAUAGUUCACGAGUGUAUCUUGCAGCAGCGAGGUUGCCUCGUAUAUGUGAUCGUUGCCCAUCUUCAACGUCUCGAACAUGACCGAAAUGCUUUUUAAACACUAUUUUUCACUUUCAGCUCUGGCACACGAUAUUUGAUCAAUACAGCCAGACCAACUGUAGAGGGCGAACAUGUCACAAUAGCGAUGGCUACACUCGUGUACGAUCAGAUUGUAUAGCAAUGUUUGGAUAUGUCCAAAGGGACAAUAGCCUUGGUGCAACAUGCACGAAUGCCCUUCUGAUGCGGCUCGAGUGUUUAGCAAUUAAAACGAAUGCACACCUAUUUCUGAGCUGGUACCAGAUCCGCACUACGAUUUAUGUGUGGUUUGGUGGAGGCAUUUGUUGGUUCGAUUACCCUACUACGUCAAACUGACAUUUGUUAUCCAAACGGAUCCAAAAGUUCAAAUUAUAUUGCUGUUGCUUCCUUAUUCCAGUCUCACACAAACCAUCAGUGGCUGUUGACAUCUUUAUCUUUGUGGAGACUUCUAUUUUUACAUCAAAAGAUUUUUGAUGUGGUUUUAAGUAUCACCUUUCGAGCGUCAUGGAGAUGGAUGAAAUCAGAAUUUUAGAUGUACGGCGAGCCUUGAUGACAAAAUUGCCACAAUUUCUUGAGAGACAGCGGCAACUGCUUGCCAAAGUGGCGAUUGAAUCUUUGCUUUGGCGGUCUAACUUUUCUCUGAGAUGUACCGACGAGUUCUAAUAAUUUCUGUUGAACAAUAUCUACAUUUUGUUAACGUGACAGCUAUCUCCAGGCUUCAUGCCCUCGAAAAUGUUCCAAUGUUUCAAGUAGGGGGAAAUACAUCAGCGUGGAUUUCACUCGACCAAUUAACAAAAUCAAUUCGAAAAAUGUAAAAUCACGCAGAGAAAAAGCACAUUCUAC